AUGUACAAGUCAGUGGUUUUAUUCUGCGUGCUUGCUGUGGCGGCGGCUAAGCCCUCUUUAGUAGCCCCAGUGGCCUACAGCAAUGUGGCCCCAGUUGCGUACAGCGCUGUAGCCCCAGAAGUCUACAAUAUAGCGCCAGUAGCCUACAGUGCCGUUGCCCCUGUAGCUUACAGCUCUGUGGUGUCGCCAGCUGUUAGUUCCGUGUCGCAACACAGCAGCAGCGUUGUCCAUGGAUCUCCCGCCGUUUCAGCAGUCUACGGCGCAGCCUACGCACCAGUUGUUCCCGCCUACUCAACUUUAGCCCAGGCUCCUGGUUCCCCUGCUGUCGUUUUGGAUCCCGUACACGGUGUACCCUUAGACACACCAGAAGUGGUCGCUGCACGCGUUGCCCAUUACCAAGCUAAAGCCCUCUAUUAA